AGUUGUGCGCUGCAUGCUCGGGAGCCUUGCCAGAGCCGUGCAGGAGCGACUGCGAGCCCCGGAGCCGCCCUAGGCCGAGUGGGGCGGAGCUUGCAGCCCCGCCUCCAUGCGCCGGCCCGCCCCUCUCCUGCCGCGGCAGCCACCGCCCUGAGUGCUUUGAGCCUUCGGCCGGCUGGCGAUCUGCGUUGGAGCAGGCUCUCCCAGCGGCAACCCGGCCCAGGCCUCCAAAUGGCUCUCCCCGCGGGCCGGACCCUGCAGCGGUAGCUCCAGAGCUGGGACUGAGAGCUGCACCGCUUCGUCCAGUCGCUGCUGCGCACUCUCCAGCCCUGUCCUUCACCGAGCUGGCCAGAGCCUAGCUGAUGAAUUUGGGAAGACAAACUUGGGAGACAGACGAAGGUUUAGGGCCCAGCAGAGGACAGCUCAGCAAUGGCUCCCAUUUUUGGAGACGCAGGCGAAUUUGAGCUCAUGGGGAGGUGUGGUCGACUCCUCUCGGGGCGGGAGGGUGCUUCAUUUCUCUGCCGCUGUAGCCGGUGCUUCUGAGGAGUGAAUGGAGUGUAUGGGGCAUGGCACGUGCCUUCCUGUCUUGAAAAGUUGACCCUGGACAAAUUUAGGAACGGAAGGUGUCCAGUAGGGCCCUCUGUUACAAAUAGUCUCUAUUCGUGGGGGAAAGGCUAUGAGCUGCCUGGCUUCUCAUGACCGGGAAGUCUCCCUUACCUUUUCUGUACUCCUGGAGGGGCGUCUUGUUCACUUGUUUACCAGCAUCCGGGACAAGGAAGAGAAAAGAAAUGAGCCGUCAGACUGCAACAGCAUUACCUACUGGAACCUCAAAGUGUACACCGUCCCAGAGGGUGCCUGCGCUGACUGGCACAACCGCGUCCAACAAUGACUUGGCGAGUCUUUUUGAGUGUCCGGUCUGCUUUGACUAUGUGUUACCACCCAUUCUUCAGUGUCAGAGUGGCCAUCUUGUUUGUAGCAACUGUCGCCCAAAGCUCACAUGUUGUCCAACUUGCCGGGGCCCGUUGGGAUCCAUUCGCAACUUGGCUAUGGAGAAAGUGGCCAAUUCAGUACUUUUCCCUUGUAAAUAUGCCUCUUCUGGAUGUGAAAUAACUCUGCCACACACAGAAAAAGCAGACCAUGAAGAGCUCUGUGAGUUUAGGCCUUAUUCCUGUCCGUGCCCUGGUGCUUCCUGUAAAUGGCAAGGCUCUUUGGAUGCUGUAAUGCCGCAUCUGAUGCAUCAGCAUAAGUCCAUUACAACCCUACAGGGAGAGGAUAUAGUUUUCCUUGCUACAGACAUUAAUCUUCCUGGUGCUGUUGACUGGGUGAUGAUGCAGUCCUGUUUUGGCUUUCACUUCAUGUUAGUUUUGGAGAAACAGGAAAAAUACGAUGGUCACCAGCAAUUCUUUGCAAUUGUACAGCUGAUAGGAACACGCAAGCAAGCUGAAAAUUUUGCUUAUCGACUUGAGCUAAAUGGUCAUAGGCGGCGAUUGACUUGGGAAGCCACUCCUCGAUCUAUUCAUGAGGGAAUUGCAACAGCCAUUAUGAAUAGUGACUGCUUAGUCUUUGACACCAGCAUUGCACAGCUUUUUGCAGAAAAUGGCAAUUUAGGCAUCAAUGUAACUAUUUCCAUGUGUUGAAAUGGCAAUCAAACAUUUUCUGGCCAGUGUUUAAAACCGUUGCAUUCAGUUUCACAGAGAAUAAGGCACCCAUCUGCCUACCAAGCUGAAACUUUUGGUAGGUAGAGGCCAAACACAUGAAGGUAAAUAAAAGGAAAGGCUGUUAAAUACA